AACCUCUUGCAGAAACAGUGCUAUACUGUAUCUGAAAAAGUAUCACUCUUAAGCUUGGCUGCUGCUACUUUCUACAAAGGCUUUUUAGGUAUCUGUUUGCUUGAUACAGGGAAGGGGAAUUGAGGACUUCAGUUUUUUUCAAGGUCGGAUGUAUCGCAGCAGAUAUCCACAAAACAAGUUUCCUCAGCUCUCCUUGUCUUGAUCAUAUGAGACGUGGUAAAAUUAUAUAUAAUUUUCUUUUAAGGUGUGCCAAACGUGCCAUGGGUAAAAGUACAGAUCCUCCAACUCCCAAGAUUAGGAGUUACACGUGGAUUUUAGGAACGAUUCUAAAUCAAAGAAAAAUACAUGCCCUGUUGUGUCCACAGCCUAUCUGUAUUUAUAUUCCUUUGAUCUGGUUUUCUAUUCCCUGUAUACUGUUGAAGCCAGGCAGACAAGGCAGUACUGGAAAGGGAACAUUCCCAACGUGCUAACUUGAAGAGGUGUUGAUGCUUUGCUCUUUUCUCCCAAGUCAGUUCCAACCCAAGUUUCCCCACAGAUAGAGCCCACAUGCAGUGGAACUAUCUAUGAGACAAGCCAGCAACUUCCAUUUUUACCUAAUGCUUAGGGAUCACAUGGCACAUCCUUCCAUGAUUAGUUUUGAUAAUGAUGAAGCUUGGGUGAAAUUUCAAGUGUGCAAUUACAUCGGAUCCAUCUAAAUUUUCUCUUAACUUUCAGUUUCACACCAUACAUUAUUUUCAGUUAUGUACUGUUCAUGGCUAGUAUGUCCUGCCCUGAUGGGGCAAGGAUGGCUGUUCUUCUCCUUAUUAUGUUUGGUAAUGAGAUAUUUUGAGUAUUUAAAGGGCCUUUAGGCACCUUCAAAAAGGUAAACACCUUUUAUUUGUUCUUGUUAGUCAAUCUCAUAUUCCAGAAUGACUUCUCUAACUUUUAUAAUACUCAUGGCUGCAUUUUACAGCUCUAAAUGUUUAAUUGGAGUAAAAAAAAACCUAUUAACAUUUAUGGCAAGUUUAUUAUGUGCUAGACACUCUACUAAGCAUUUGUAUACCUUGUGUAUGUAAACUGCUCCAAUUGGAAUUGGGCUCUGCAACUUCCUAGCUGUGUGACUUGUGCAAGUUACCUAAUUUCUCUGUGCCUUACUUCCCUCAUCUUUAAGUGAGGGUGUAGUAUCCAUCUAAUUAGGUGAUUGUAAAUAUUAAGAGUCAAUAUAUAUAAAACAUAUAAGAAGUGUUGAAUAAGUGCAGAAUAAUAUCAAUAUGUUCUUUGAGUCUCAUUUUACACCUCAGUUUUUUUAGUUGUUUUCUCAGUUGUCUGAGAGGUUACCUUGUCCAAGGUCACAAAGCUAGUAAGUGGCAAAAUCAGGAUUCAUACACAGGCAAGACUGACUCCAGGGCCUGCGUUCUUGGUAACUUCACCCAUUGUAAUUGGAUGACUUUAUUAAUUGACUUCAAAUAAAAUAAGUGUAUUCAACUGACUAAUGUUUAAAAACUGUUCAAACACCUGGAAAAAGGACACAAAAUAAUUCAUUCUGUAAAGGAAAAAUAAUGGUUUUAUUUAGAUUGCUGCCUAAGGAAGCCCUUCUGUGUUGUAUAUCAUCCAUUUAAAACAUCAGUUACAAAAUGCUUUACUAAGAAAUAGUCUAUCUAGGCCAGUGUGGUCUCUGGCUGUUGCAUCAAGAUGACCCCCAUGGGGACAAUCUCUUCUAGUGCCUUCAUGGAUGAUAAAGCUAUAUAAACAGUUUUGUUAAUUCAUUUGAAUUUGCAGUUGGUAGUUGUCUUUGAAUUGAGUGGAACAGGUUUAUGUUCUGUGUAUUGUAUUGUACCUUGUACCUAAGUUUAUCUUGAGGCUUUAAGAGAUUCAUCUUGGUUCAAGGGGUCCUGGAUUUUGUGAACAAGUGUAAUGUGCAGAAAAACAUUCUCUAGUCAAAUACAUUUGGGAAAUGUUAAACAAAGUAAAGUUUCUUUACUGCAUAACUUGCCAGAGCUUUUACUAUGCUAAUGUGCUUUAUGACUCUACAAGAUUCCCAAACUUAUUUGACCAAGGAAAAAGUUACAGGCAAGUGUUACAAGAAUCACAUUUAGGGAAAUGGUGUUCCAUUCAUACAGCCUGUGAUUUUGUGGACUUUGCUCUUAAUCCUGCUCACUCAGCCUUUGCUUUUCUCUGCUGAGGAUGUUGUUGGUUCAUGCUUAUAUGGCAGCUUUUCAGUUCCUUGAUCAAGGCAGUUUCCUUUCACUGAGUCGCCAUGCUAUCUCCAAGUGGUAGCACAUCCAAGUCCAGGGUCGUGUGCUGGGAUUUGUUCCCAGGCUCAUCCUGCCAAUGCCCAGCCUGUUGGCCUUUGCACAUCAUGCUGUCUUUCUUCUGACAAUAUUUUCUAGUGACUCAUAGGCCUCUUUGUGGUGAUUCAUACUAAUUCAGACCAUUAUCUCCAAUUUGUUUGCCCUUUAGUCCACUGGAAUUAUUUCCAAUUAAUGUCAGUGUAACCAGUAAAAUUUUGCCAUUUCAAGAACAAAUUUAAAUGUCAAUAUGUUGGUUGUUGCUAGGACCCAUCUGUGAAGUUGAGAUGGUCCUGAAACCCUUAAUAUUUGAUUUCUAGUUUAAAAAAAAAAUGGCCUUACUUCUUUUGUACUUGAAAUCCAGACUUUAAUAUAUUUAAUUUUGACAUUAGUAUUCCCUGGGUUUUUGUUUGUAUUCCCCCUUUUCAAAGGCCUGGGGAAGGGGAGAGGUAGAACACUUGUAUCUGCUAAAUGGAAAAGAAAUGGCUUUGAAAAACAUAACGCAUAGCUCUAUAGUACACCUAGAGAAUCAAUGUAUAUGUAUAUGUGUAUACACAUGUAUAUGUGACCAUCUGUUUCCCCUCUCUACUCACCAUACAUAUCCAUCCACUCACAGGAACAUUGUUUCAUUAGUGUUUGAGACUUAGGGUGCCCAGUACUGUAUCAUUUCUGCUAUCGAGGAGCUUAUAAUACUGUAUUUUGGGGAAGACAGGCCUUGUGAAAUAAGCAGAGCAAAUAUGCAAGGCAAUUUGUAAUUUGAGGUCAAAACAGCUUUAGUUUACACGUAAACGCUACGUAGUCAUAAGAGGCAAGAAGAUUUCAUGGAGAAGGCAGGCACCUGCACUCUGCUAUAAUAGUACUGAGAUAGGCAGAGAGGCCUACGGAGGCAAGUGGAAAGCAAGAGCAAAGAUACAGAGCUAGAAAAGAGCCUGGUAUUUGGGGGAAAGUUUGUGUCAAAUACGAUGGUAGUGGUGCUUGCUGGAAUUGCUAACAGAUAGGAUGUAGUGACUGAAGAAGAGGAAGAAGUCCAACAUGACUCCAAAGUUUUGAGUCUGCAGGAUCAGGAGAGGUGGUGUUGCCAUUGAGAGAAAUCAGGAUUUCUUUAAAGGAGAAGAGGUUCCACUUUAGGUAAGUUUGAAAAGAGAGAGCCCUAUGAGGUGGGAGCUUACCAUGGGUUCAGAGUUAGAUCCACUCAGGGUACAAUGGGCAAAGCAAUUGUGAUGCUCUUAAAUGAUUCACUAAAAUCAGACCAUUUCUUAAGUCUAUAAAAAAUAUUUUCCACUUUCCUUUUAGAGAAAGUAAACUAAUAGUGUUAAGGAAAAAAACAAAUCAGACUCAGGUUGUUGUCCUUAAAAAGAGGGUUUGGUUUAGCUCAAUUAGUUCUUUCUGGCUAACUUUCUCCUGGGCUGCAUCAUGCUGCAUUCUGGCAUCUCAGUUUGCUCUUGACAAUCUCAUUUUGAGGGUUUAAAAAUUUCCCAAGCUGUGCUGCAGUUCCUUUCCCAUUUAAUAGCCACCUAAUAAGAACAGGAGGCUUUUGUUUUGUGGAGCAAAUCCCCCAAUGCUGUAUCAGUGCUCUGCCAAAGGUAUAAAUACAGUGAAACCAUGCCAUCUUGCUAUGAGCUGAGUCCAAAAGAUUCAUUCUUGCAAAAUGCAGGUUAAGUUAUUGUGAGGCCUUAAAAUGAGACCCAGGGCUAGGCAGAAGAUCUUUACAGGGUUAAGCCAAGUCUACAAUAUGGAAAGUUUGCCCGGGAGGUGUGCUUCCUUUACACCUCUCAAAGGGCAGAGGGGCUUUUCUGGCCUUCUGACUUGGGAAAUCAGAAUUUAAAACCACACUUCUAUGGAAAAAUGGGCUCCCAUGAAGUCCUCAUUAUGAAAAUGAAACAAAGACCUAGGUAGAUAACUAUCAUUGGCUCUCAGCCCCGAAUCACCAUGAACCCCAAAGUCUCUUGCAGCUCAAAAGUUUCAUGAAGCUACCUUAAAUAUUUUCCCUAACAUGAAAACCUCCUUCUGGAAAUACCCACCCACUAUAAGUAACCUUUCUAAGUAAACUGAUAAAUAGGUCGUUUCCCCUUAAAACAAACUUUUAAUUUCAAUUUAGAAAUCCGUGCACAUGAUUUGACCUUCACAAUCUUACCUUUUAAAAUGGAAAUUGCUUGGAACGGGCUUUUACCUAGGGAAUAUGGCAUGCAUGUGUCUGUUAUACUGCUUUCCUGCCCAAAUAAGUGUGCCCUUAGGAACCCUCCUGUGCAUAUUCUGUUGCUAACUACAUUUUGUUAGAUACUCCUUUGUGAAUGCAAAGACUGUGAGACCACUGCCCAGCUUCCUGUAGUGCUAGUCCUACAUUUCCACAGAACUCACCUAGUCAAAUUCUUGAGUGCUUCACAGUCAAAAAUUAGCAUUACCCGAGGUUGUGCCUGAGUGUCACUUUAGUGUCUUGCAGGGAACUUCAGAUGUCUUCUGUUCUAUUUAGGCUGUGCAAGUAGACAUAUGUGAGGUUUGGUUCUGGUUGGUGGUUGCUAGUACCAGGUCACCUUGCUCACUGGUGAGUUCAUUCAAACCCAAAAAGUCACACCUGUGUCCUGUGCGCGGGUGCUGCAGGCGUAGGUGGAGAAAAGCAGGGCUAGAAUUGGAACCCAAAGCCCAGAAUGGCAGGAGAGGAUGUGGGGGCUCCACCCGAUCACCUCUGGGUUCACCAAGAGGGUAUCUACCGGGACGAAUACCAGCGCACGUGGGUGGCCGUCGUGGAAGAGGAGACAAGUUUCCUAAGGGCACGAGUCCAGCAAGUUCAGGUUCCCUUAGGUGAUGCAGCUAGGCCAAGUCACCUUCUUACCUCCCAGCUACCUCUCAUGUGGCAACUCUACCCUGAGGAGCGCUACAUGGAUAACAACUCUCGCUUGUGGCAGAUCCAGCAUCAUUUAAUGGUCAGGGGAGUACAGGAGCUGUUGCUUAAGCUUUUGCCUGAUGAUUAACCUGGUGCUGGGAUUCUAGGAAGAUAUGCUCCUCUGUUCCGUUCAGUAUAUGGCAAUCACUUCAUCCACCACUGCAGUACACCCACCUGUGGGCCUGGGGGAGGGAGUGGGUUGAAAAACUGCUCAAGAACACAGAAGUUUAGGAAGGGUCAUGAAGAACACCACAAGUGGAACCGCAGAGAGAGGGUUACACAGGCAGAAAGCAAGUCAACAAAAGCACUUAGUCAGGAUACGUAACUUGAAAUUGACUCCUUUGGAAAUUGCCAUAGAACCUUUAAUGGACAUCAUCAGCUGGAACUGGGAUCUGAUGAAUCCCACAAAAGUCAGCACCUGCUACAGAACAGAUGCCCUGAUCACCAAGGACUUGGUACUGAUUUAGAGAGAAGAGAGCAGCUCCUAGCAGCAUCAACAUCUAUUUGUCGCUUAUUUGCCCUGCAGCAAUUCACCUGCCUUUCCUUCUCCCAUCCUGUAAAUAUCCUAGGUUUUGCUCCAGUGUUUCCCAUCCCAGUACUGACCUAACUUGGAUCUACUGAGAACUUAGGGGGCUCUGAAAAAAAGGAGGUUAUUUGCAUUAAUGAAAUUAGUUACAAAGGCUCCUGUGCCUUUUUCCUUUCUGAAAUUGUGUCUUCAAAUUGUUAGAAGUUGCUGAUCAAAAUCGUGGGCACUUAAAUUCAUUCUCUGGGUACAGAUAUUUUAAAUAAGUUGGUUUCUGUAAGCUCCAAAAAACAUUUUAGCUGCUUAACUAGCACCUUUCUCAGGAAGUGAUAACACCAAAUAUUGCUGAUUCCUAGGAAAGUAUUUACUACCUGAUAAAGAAUUUCCUGAGUUAAAAUAGUCAUAACAGCUUAUAUAUAUUAAAAGUAAGGUUUUACUUUUUUAAGUCUUGAGAUUAACAGCUACCAUAUAUUGAAUCCUUACUGCCUUCCAAGCACUAUUCUAUGCACUUUAUAUACUUUAUCACACUUAAUCCUUCCAUCAAUGCUUUGAGGUAGGUAUGAUCCCCAUGUUAUACAUGAGUAAUAAGGAAAAAGGCUCAAGGAGUUUAUCAUUUAGCAAGGGUGGUUCUGUGAAUGAUAAUGCCGGGCAGUGAGCAGGCCUGUCGGGAGUCGGCUCCUGUAGCCCAAUGUUGGUGUGAUAUUCAACAUGAGUUGAAGUCAAGGGUUUUCUUUUUUCAUGUAAAGCUACUUAUAUCUUCCAAAUCGAAUGAAAUGGAUAUUAUAAAAAUACAGUUGAUUCAUCCUA